AUGGUGAAUUCUCCGCAAACGAAGAAACCAGAUAAACGUGUUGUUGAUGUAGGCAUGAUGGACCAACCUCUUGGUGGUUGGAAAGUUACACGCCGUAGUACGUGUUUGGCUGAUUCCCAGCCAAACCCUGCAGCAAUAAACAUCAAUCGUAUGCCCGAAGGUACACACCUUACACGUUUUGACAUAUUUUUGUGGUUUUUGUCUUAUGUUAUGGUGUCUCGCAUCGAGACGACUUGUGAUGAAAUGAGCUCUGGAACCGUCGUCACCCAGCUCCGGCGCCGUCGUCACCACUCUCCGGCGCCGUUGCCAAUACCUAGAUCCCGGUCUACUUCGCCGUCAGCGUUGAGAGCGCUCCGUCCGAGGAUACGACGUCGCUGCCACACCGCAUCCGACGCCGGUGGAGUUGUUUCGCUGAUAUCCCUUACCAUUGGUGUCCUCCCCGUCCCCGUCUGGUUCUCCGCCACCUUCGAACGUCGCACCUGCUCCCCAGGCCAACGACAGCGUCGUGAAUAA